AUGACCGCCAGCGCGGAGCCGCAGAGGCGACGGCCCGGAGUCGGAGUCGGAGUCGUGGUGACCAGCUCCCAGCAUCCCGGUUGUGUCCUCCUGGGGAAAAGGAAAGGGACGUUUGGAGCAGGCAGUUUCCAACUUCCCGGGGGUCACUUGGAGUUCGGUGAGAGUUGGGAAGAAUGUGCUCAAAGGGAAACCUGGGAAGAAGCAGCUCUUCAUCUGAAAAAUGUUCGCUUUGCCUCAGUUGUGAAUUCGUUCGUUGAGAAAGAGAAUUACCAUUAUGUCACUAUAUUAAUGAAAGGAGAGGUGGACGUGACUCAUGAUCCAGAACCAAAGAAUGUAGAGCCUGAGAAAAAUGAAAGUUGGGAGUGGGUUCCUUGGGAAGAAUUUCCUCCACUAGACCAGCUUUUCUGGGCACUGCGUUGUUUAAAAGAACAAGGAUAUAAUCCAUUUAAAGAAGAUUUGAACCAUCUGGUAGGAUACAAAGGAAAUCAUCUCUAGAUGACCAAGAAGAUUUCUUGAUGUUUUUUU